AAUGAAUGCUGAGUAGUAGAGGGUAUUUAAAUCGGACAGAUCGCUUCUUCUGCGAAUGGAUUGUUGCAAAGAGAAAUAAAUACUGAUUUCUGUCAUCGAUAUUGGAAGAUCAAGAAAGAAGGUUGAAGAUCAAAAAACUGCAAUCAAUUGUUUGACAAGUUCUGCUAAAUGUAGCAAAGCCUAGGACGAUGCCGUCAUCUCACCGUCGCAGAAACAGCCGUGGUCAUGGUGGUGGGCCACAGAACAACAAUCACUCCGUGGUCCGCCAUGCGUCAGGCAACGGCAAUGACGACUCCACCAAAAACGGCAACAUUCGAGUAGUGGUCCGGAUCCGGCCACCCAAUGCAGCCGAGCUGGCGGCAGGGUCCGCGUCCAGACAAGUGGUCCAGAUGCUUGAUGACAGAGUCUUGGUCUUUGAUCCAAAGGAAGAAGCAGCCCCGAGCUACUUCCACGGUCGGCGAGUGGCCAGGCGCAACUUCAUGCAGCGUAAGAACAAGGACGUCAAGUUUGCGUUUGAUCACGUCUUUGGGGAGAGAGUUACGCAACAGUUCGUCUACGAGAACACGACCAAGAAAAUAGUGGAGAGCGUACUAGCUGGGUACAACACUAGUGUAUUCGCCUACGGAGCGACUGGGGCAGGCAAGACCUUCACGAUGCUCGGCGCGCCGGACUGCCCAGGAGUCAUCUUCCUGACGAUGGUUGACCUCUACCGACGGAUCGGAGAAAUCGCUAAAGACAAGCUGUGUGAUGUUGCCGUGUCGUACCUCGAGGUGUAUAAUGAGAACAUUCGUGAUCUGCUAGCCCCGUCCGGCAUACUAGCCCUCAGGGAAGACCCACAGAAGGGAGUUGUGGUCAGCGGACUGACGCUACACAAGCCAAGAAGUGCAGAGGAGUUACUUCGCAUGCUGGAGUUUGGCAACGCUAAUCGCACCCAACACCCCACAGAUGCCAACGCACAGUCCUCAAGAUCACAUGCUGUUUUCCAGGUUUUUGUGCGGCAGAAAGACCGCACGGCCAACAUCAGCACCAACUUUCGCAUCGCCAAGAUGUCGCUGAUCGACCUUGCCGGCUCGGAGCGGGCCACCGUCACCACCAAUCGGGGCUCGCGCUUCCGCGAGGGCGCUAACAUCAACCGCUCUCUCCUGGCGCUCGGCAACUGCAUCAACGCGUUGGCAGACGGAAACAGGUCCAAAGGCCAGCACAUCCCGUACAGGAACAGCAAGCUCACUAGGCUGCUCAAAGACUCACUGGGAGGCAACUGUCAAACAGUCAUGAUCGCUGCGAUCAGCCCGUCCAGCUUAAACUACGAGGACACGCUCAAUACGCUCAAGUACGCCAACCGAGCCAAGAAUAUACAAACAAAGCUGAAACAGAAUGUAGUGAAUGUAGACUUGCACAUCAGCCGCUACGCACAGAUUGUGGAGGAACUGCGAGCCGAGGUGUCUGAACUGAAGGGCAAGUUGCAGAGUUACGAGUCGGGCGUUGUGAAAGUGGAUCGGUCAGUGCCCGCACCUGCUGACAAUGAGGAACAAACUCACAGGCUACAGUUGGAGCUGCACAAAGUCUUCACGCAGCGAGGCAGUGUCCGCAAGGAGUUAUUGGAGUUAGAAUCCUCAGACCGACAUCUGACGGUCAUGAUCAGCCGCAAGCAAGCCAUGGCAGAGAGAAUCAGGCUCAUCUAUGGAGAGUCUAUGCAGGGUGAUAAGACAAUGGGUCGUUUUGAGCGACACAUCGCAGCGUCCAGCGCCCGGCAGGUGCGACUCCGAGAUCGGAAACCGGCCGUGGAGGAACGCAUCAGAACGAAUGAGGAGUGGCUAGAGAAGGUGCAGGGUGAAAUGAAGAUUGAUGGAGAGAUGCCGGUGGUAUUUCAAGAGAGUCUUCGGACCAGACAUCUAGAGAUUGAGUUGAAGGAUUGUCGUCGUCAGAUCAAGCAUCUGAAGAGAUUUGCCAGGCAGCAUGAUAACCACCAACAGAGCUCAGAGAGGUUGAUCUUAAACCUCCUUGCGACCGUCCGCAAACAGUUCUACCUUCUGAAGGGCUCGGGCUUAGCCACUUCAGACGUCGCGGUGGACUUUGAGUCCAUCCAGAAACAGGUCGAGGGGGAUCGGGAGGUAGCCUGGGCUGAUCAGAACGGGUCAGAGGUCACAGGGUUGGAGGUGAAGCCUGGCGGGGCCACGGAGCCAGAUCUGAACUAUCUGCUGGAGUUGCCGGUCAUGAAAUGCGUGGAUGUUACCCCGAAAGCACCCUCAAGAUCCCCGCAGAAGAAGCGGGGACGGAAUUCGGCGCCGUGCACGCCUGCGAGAGUGCCGAGCACACCAGCGCAGAACCAAAGCUCUGUGCUCCUUGAACGAACGCAGACGCCGACACAAUACAGCACACCGCAGGCGAGGAGAGUUGUGCCCUGUGGAAGAGUAGCCGUUAGCACGCCCCCAUCGCGUGUACGUGUCCUAACUCCAAAAGCAGCCACACCCUGCGCCGGGCGGAACACCGACAUCAACGCCUUUCAGCCAAUCGAAAAUGGUAGAACUCCGCUGGGUGCGAUUGUUUGCAACACCGGACUCGGGCACGGCAUCCCACAAUGCAUCAAUGAGACCGUUACCAAGGCAAAACCCGACCAUCCCAAUUGUCCGUCACAGCCAGUUGACGGGGAGGAGACAAAACGCAACCUUGCGGGAACUUUUGAAAUGGAAGGCGUUUGCCCGUUGCAGUCCCCACAGCCAAGUUCGUCAUCACAGCCCAUUCGAACCGCAAUAGCCAACACAGAAAAUUCCCGUGCGACCAAAACUGACCAAUCAGAAACGUCGUCCCUCAACGCCACAUUUUCUGCAGAGAGCACAGAGUCGACGCAUCGCAGUGUCGAGCAGGGCACCGAGAAACCGGUUGCCAGAACGAUAAGCUUUGAUCAGGAAAACUCUAUGCCCAAUCAGAAGAUCAGCCCAGUCACAGGUCGCGUUAUGUCGUACGCAGAAGUCUUGACGACUCCUCAGCGACUGGACACAAAUGACCAACAGAGGGCUCCCCUCGCAGCCCUGACAAACAAUUCCCCUCAGCUCCAAGACAGACCCGUCAAGGGGCAACAGCGGCUCAGCGUGUAUGCAGGGAACCAGUGGAGGGGGAGCCAGCCGACAUCCGGUACAACAAAAAGGAACCUUCAGCGUCGGGGCACGUUCACCAAGCACACCGCCCCGCUGCAUCACCGGCGCAGCAAAUCCCAAGGUGUCCUCGGCGAGCGGCCGUUCCCAUUCCAGGAGGCGAAACUGGCAGAGACACUGCACAGAUUUGGCCUCCCCUCGAUGUCGGAUCAGCCAACAGUUGGCGGAAGAAAAGCCACCCCAGCAUAUAUGUCAAUGACAGCAUCGGCAGCCAACAAACGCAGGAACCAUUCUAGGGGAUUUCUGUCUUCUCAAGAGAACCAGCCCCCGCUGAACAGCAGAGGUCCGAUGCGUACGCACAGAACAGAAAGCACGAUCAAGCCUGCUGUCCGAAUACCGACUUUCAGCAAGAGUAGAUCAGCUGGUAACCUGCAUGGCAAAAUGAAUCCCUGAAGAAAAUAUGAGAUAGCGAUAC